AUGUCUACGGCAAGCGCAAGGAGAGGGCCGUGGUCGCAGUUGGAGGAUCGCAUUCUCAUGAACCUCGUCCAACAGCAAGGGCCUCUGAACUGGGUCCGCAUCGCACAGCAACUCCAAAGCCGAACGCCAAAGCAGUGCCGAGAAAGGUACCACCAGAACCUGAAGCCUACUCUGAACCACGAGCCCAUCUCGGCCGAAGAGGGCGAGGAGAUCGAGAGACUGGUCGGCGACCUUGGAAAGCGCUGGGCCGAGAUCGCCAGGAGGCUCAACGGCAGGAGCGACAACGCUGUCAAGAACUGGUGGAACGGCAGCCAAAACAGGAGAAAGCGCUCCAGCAAGGGCAGCAGGUCUGGCAGCCAUCCCAGCAGCUCCCCCAUCUACCGCCACGAGGAGUACCGCCCUGAGACGACGCACCACCACCACCACCACCGCUACUCCAGGCCGACACUGGACAUCCCUAGAUCGCUGCCCAUGCCCUUCAGGCAGCAGGCGCCGCCUCCUCUGACUCCCGGAUUCAACCGCGGCUUCGGCGUCGAGACACCUCUUCCUUCCCCCUCUGCCCUCUCUCCAGGCGCCGACUCCGUCGACGCUCCUUCCCUGGUCUCCGACCACGGCUCUUGCUACACGACCUCGCCACGGGAAGCUUACUCCCAUCCCGCUUCUCCCCUUGAACUGCCGCCCAUAAAGAACUACGACAGCCAGAACGGCCACUACCCCUACUACUCCCACCACCCGGACACCAUGGCUCGCACUGUCCUGGACACUAGCUCAAGGAUCCUGCCGCCUCUGGUGAAGCAAGAGGUCAGGCAGUCUUACCAGUCUUACCACGACGAGUUGCCAUCGCCCAUGUCCCGCCCUCUCUCACAGCUCCCUACGGCGCCCAACUCACCCGUCGGCCAAAACAACCUCCCUCCUCUUCGAGACACGACUUCCGAGAACGGCCAGCCCGUUCCUAGGAACAGCCAGCUGUCGAAGCUGCUCAACCACGAGUAG